AUGGACAAGUACGUCAACCGCCGUCUCCUCGCGCCCGCGCUCUUCGGCGAGGUGCUCCUCUGCACGGACGCCAUGACGCGCCGGGACGUGGUCGUCAAGGCCAUGGACCUCGACCGCGCCGCCGCCCACGCCACGACCGACGGCCUUCCGGUGCAUGAAGACAUUGCGAUGGAAAAACGCGUCUACACGCAGAUGCAGCUCCACGGUGGCCACGCCAACAUCCUCCAGCUCCUCGCGUGUUUUGAGGCCGACGGCCGCGACCACUUUGUACUCGAGUAUGCGAGCCGCGGCGACCUCUUCUCGCAGCUUCGGACGCAGCAGCGCUUCCGCGCCUUGGAAGCGCGUGCCUACUUUCAUAACAUUACCGCCGGCCUCGCCUUUCUUCACGAUCAUGGUUUUGCGCAUGGCGAUCUCUCGCUCGAAAACGUCGUGCUGACCGCCGACAAUACGUGCAAGCUCAUGGAUUUCGGCCUUGCGGCGGCGCGGGCCAACGGGCCACGGACCAUCGCUGUCGGCAAGUACUUUUACAUGGCCCCCGAAGUGUUUCUCGGCAAGCCGUACGACGCGGCGACCGCGGACAUGUGGUCGCUGGGCAUGCUCCUUUUGAUCAUGCUCACGGGCCUGCCCCCGUUCGGGAAGGCCAACUGCACUGAUCCCGUGUUUGUGGCGUACCAGACCCACGGCAUUCGCACCAUUCUCAAGGGCUGGAAGGUGCUCCAGUACUGUUCCGACGACGCGAUCGACCUCAUUGAACGCCUCCUCGUCGAAGACCCCGCCAAACGCUUUUGCAUGCAGCAAGUGCUCUCACAUCCGUUUCUGGCGCGUCCGAAAUCGCCGCCGUCGCCGACCCAAGACCGCAUCAAGAAGCGCGUGCGCGUCCAGAACUUUUUUCGGCGCCUCUUUCGUGGCAAGCGCGGUGGCUCGUCGCUCGAUUUGCUCGCCAAUAGCCAGUGGCACUAGCUACGUCGUAGCGCGUUUUCUAACCGUUUUUAUUUAUCCAAUGGUGCCAUA